CGGGAAUGAGCACCGGCGAGAGAGGUCGGAGCCUUUGAGAAAUGAAGAGGCGCGAGGCAGAACGACCCAAUCCGAGUCAGGGCCUGGGGGUUGCGCAGCAGUCACGCCCUCUACCUCUAGCGAGCCGCGAGCUUGACCGCGUGCAGCUGCUCGUCGCCGCCUGCACCCUCGUCGCAUGCAGUUCCGUCGUCAGAUCUCUGUUCCGUGAUGCGUCUGCUAGUUGCCGGUGGAACUGAGCUUCUAACAGCACAAGACCGUUCGCCGGCUCAUUGCUUGAGAGGGAAGCCCGGGCUUCAUGUGUUAGCUGAG